AUGGGGUUUGUUGAUGGUACGAAACCCUCAUCGGCUGUUCUUCUUGCUGCCGACACCGACACCGCCGACGCCAUGCCACAGCCGAACCCCGCCUAUGCCGUUUGGAUGCGUCAAGAUCAAGCAUUGUUGUCCAUGCUUGUCUCCUCCCUCUCCGACGAGGUCAUGCCAAUCGCCGUCGGACGUCGCACGAGUCGUGCCCUUUGGGAGGCCAUUGUUCAGACGUUGUCGUCUUCCUCCCGCGCCCGCGCGUUAAACCUUCUCGGCCAGUUGCAGGGACUGGAACAGGGUGAUUCGUCGGUUGCGGAUUACAUCGGGCGAGCUCAGCCGGUCACCCUCCAGGAAUUGGCGGACUUCCUCGGUGCCCAGGAAUUUAUCGCCAACCGUGAUUACGGCGGUGCUCCGGCGGCUCUUGCUGUUCAGCACGGUGGCGGCCGAUCAGGUCGCGGAGGUCAAAACCGUGGUGGUGGUCAACGAGCAGGCGGUGGCAACGGUGGGUCCAAUCGUAGUGAUGGCGGUAGACAGCAAGGUGGCCGUGGGCGUGGUGGCCGCAGUCGCGGACGCAACAGUGGUGGCAAUUAG